UUCUGGUACCCAAUUGCCCACUAAAAUGUUGAUGCAUUUUUGUCAUGGGUUUUUCCUGUAUCUGAAAUUGAUUAUGAAAUGUGGGGAACUGAAGAUUGGAACAGUAAGGAAUUAAUAUCUUGAUCAUCCCUCUUUCUUGGUUCUCCUCUUUAGGUUGCAGUGAUGCCAAUGGAGCUGACAGCUCUUCAUCCGGAACAGAUUCAGACCUCCGCAGAAAUGGAGAAAACGGUGACCCUCUUAGAAAAAGAAACCAUUGAGGUUUCUGAUGCCAAGGAGCAGCUAGUGGGUGCACAUGAAAAGGAAGCCAAUGAAGUGGCAGCUCUUGCCAAGGUUAUUCAGGAGCAGUGCGAGGGGGACCUUGCUGAGGCAAUGCCAGUCCUGGAAGAUGCCCUUUUGGCUCCCGAUAUGCUGAACCCGGCAAAUACCUCCUUUCUCAAGGUCCAAUCAGAACACAAGAAGGGGAUUACCCAGAAGAAAGAACACGGGAAUAACCCUGAGGUUGCAGUGAUGCCAAUGGAGCUGACAGCUCUUCAUCUGGAACAGAUUCAGACCUCCGCAGAAAUGGAGAAAACCGUGACCCUCUUAGAAAAAGAAACCAUUGAGGUUUCUGAUGCCAAGGAGCAGCUUGUGGGUGCAGAUGAAAAGGAAGCCAAUGAAGUGGCAGCUCUUGCCCAGGGUAUUCAGGAGCUCAGUACAAUGCGAGCAGAUCUGAAUCAUGUGAUUGACUGGCUGCAGGACCUGCAGAAUGAAAUCGAAGAACUAAAUAACCAGAAGAAAGUACUUGAAAAGAUCAUUCACAAAGUCUCUCAGAACCUGGACAGGGCUGAAAAGCUGUUCAGUGGCUUGGGAGGAAAGUGAAAAAGCAUGGAAUAAAAGAAGGAAUAACAGUUGGAGGAUGAAUGAGUGGUUAUUUAAUGACGAAAAAAUAGUAAAAGAGGCACAAAAAAGAAUGAAGGAAUAUUUUGAAAUAAAUAUGACUCAAGAUAUUUAUAUAAGAACGGUUUGGGGUGCGGGGAAAGCAUAUAUAAGGGGCUUGUACAUCCAACAGAACAUAAUACAGAAAAGAGCGAAGGAGUUUAAGUUAAAACAGAUACAGAAAGAGAUAGAACUAAAUGAGAAGCUAUUAAACAAAAAUCCAAAGGAUAAGGAAUUAAAAAAUAAAGCCAAAUUAUUGCAGUCCCAAUUAUCUACAAUCACUACAAUCUACUACCAUCACCCAUUCAAAAAUCAAGAAGCCUUAAGUUGGGGCUACAACCAUCGCCCCUUGGAAAAUAAAGGAGUCUUAAAGUCUUGAGCAACUUGUUUGAUUGCACACUUAUUCUGAUUUGUUUUCCAGGGAGUUUAGAAGGCAGCUGCAUCUACACCAUAAAUUUAUCUAUGCAUAUAUGCAUUUCAUAAAGUUUAUAUGCUGCUUAAAAAAAAAGACAAAAACCCCUCGGGAGUUUAAAAAUGAAUACAACAAUAAAAUUAUUAGUAAAACCAAUUAAAACGUUCAGAAAAUUAAAACCAGUAAACUAAAAACACAUCAGUAUUUCAGACAGAGAAGUAGGCUUAUAAGCAAAAAUGAUCUAAGUCGGUACCAAAAAGAGUACAGUGAAGCUGCCUGCAGGAUAUCAAUUGGCAGGGAGUUCCAAAGUGUAGGGGCCACCACAUUAAAAGAUCCGUUUCUUACAGAUGCAGAAUGGGUAUUAUGUGGCGCUUGUCACAGUCCCAGUUCCACAGACCAAAGCAGUCCGAGAGGGCAUGUAUGAGGGAAGACAAUCUCACAAACAAAUCUGUAGUUUGUUAAGGGUCAGGGCCUGCUCUUCGUAGACCCCCGGUGGCACAGUGCA